GUGUCAAGAAAUAACUCAACCCCACAAAUGCAUAAUCAUAAAAAGUCAUCCAGGAAAACUCCUCGCAGACCAGUUACUCCUGGAAAGAGUAAGGCAACAGCUGGAAGAGAUCUGUGGAUGGCAGCCUUGAAGAAAAGACAAAUGUUGCUUUUGCCCAAUACAUAUCGCCCUGGAAGCCCACGACACAAGACCCCUACAGAGUAUUUCAUCGAUACCUUGCGGAAAACUGGAGUUGGGAUUAGUGCAGAGACAAACAAAAGCCAGUCAUUGACGGGACUGAAGGGCAGCAGUUUGCACUACCCAUAUCUGAGCACCUCUCAUUACAUGAGAAAUGUCAUGGGCACAGAGAAGUUUCCACGAACAGCUGAUGAUCCUACAGUAAGAACUAAUGCAGGCACACCUGCAUACAAGACACCAGAAGAAUAUUAUGAUGAAGUUCUGGGUCUCAGAAAGCAAAUUGCAGCUUUGACCUUUGAGAAUGCUACAUGUAAAACAAAAAUCAGAAGGUUGGAAGAAGAAAAUGCUAAGAAGGUUUGUGAAUUUUUUUAUAUAAUAAAUGGGAAUAAAAUCAAUUCACAUAGUACACCUUCUAAUGCUGAGCUGCGGAGGACUAUGGGAGAUCGACAAGCAGACUCAGGAGCCAUAGUGCACAGCUUGAAGCAGAAAAUUCUGAAACUGGAAAUGCAACUGAGAGAUAAAGAGUCAGCUUUUUGCAAGCUACAAGCAGAUCUGAAAUCAACCAAAGUUGAAGAGAUGAGGGUCCAGCUUGAGGCAGUAUAUGCUGAACUGAUAAGGUUGCAGUUAUCCAAGGACUCAGGGACGCCUGAUAAACCUAAAUCCACAAAUAACAAUGCUGCCAAAAUCAAAGCUUUAAAUGAAACUGUGAUUCGUCUGAGUCGAAGCAAUGAACAGUUGCAGGCUGAAAAUAAAUCUUUAAAAGAAGAUUUAGACAGAGCCUUACAAGAUUCUGUUGUUCAUGUUGAUACAAAAAGCAAAAUGGAACUACGAGGGUCACUUGAAGACCGCCUUGAACAGCUGGACAAGAGAGAGACAGAACUCUUAGAUGAGGUGACAAGACUUAGGACAGUGGUGAAAAAAAGCAGAGAGGACAAUAAAAGGAUACAUGAUACAACAUCCCUUCCACCCACACCAAGACGCAGACAAAGUAAACUGGAAGAUGACCGUGGUAGCAGACCCUCUAGUGCCAGGGUCUCGUCUAGGAGAUCUAGUGCAAUCACUCAUGAUGACGUGAUUGACAGUGAUAAAAGAUACCAAGGACCUUCAGAAGAAGAGGUGAAUGCAUUCAGAGAAAACAGAGCAGCCAAGAAACUGCAGCAUGGCUGGCUGGAUUACAAGACACGUCGAUAUGAUGAAGAAAUGGAUGAUGCUGCAUUCACAAUUCAAGAAGCCCUGAAAGGCACACAUGCCAGACGUCAGAGACUGAAGAACUGGACUUCAGACGACUAUGACUCCAGUUCCACAGUUACAGAUGACGGUGUAUACCUGAUCCAGUCCAGCCUUAAAGGGCACAGAAGUCGAAAGCAGCAUCUGCAGAAGUGGAGAAAUCAGCAUAAUGGCAGUGAUGACAAUGAUGAUGAAAUUCCAGCAAGUCCUGGAAUAAGAAGACCGUCUACCACCCAGAGAUCUCCAUCAGUCCAAAUGCAGAAAUCACCACGACGACUGUCUUCAGGGUCAGUGUCAUUUGGCAGACCUCCAUCUGCUCAGCGACCCAGUUCUGCUUCUUCCUCUAAACGUGGAUCUAUAAGCCACACCUUCAAGACAAAAUAUGUCUCUGGAACAUCGCAAGCCACUGAGUCCGCUGAUGAUGAUGAUGACGUCAUGUUUUAA